AUGGGGGAUCUUACGGUUGCUACGACGAAACCAAAGGAGACAGGAUCCUCUUCGAUAAAAUGCCCUAUACUAAGUUCCACAAAUUACACUGUAUGGGCAAUCAAGAUGAAAAUUCUGCUGAAGGUACACAAAGCGUGGGAUAUCAUUGAGACAGGAGGAGAAGACGAUGAAAGAAACAACAUGGCCUUGGAUUUAUUAGUACAAUCCAUACCUGAGUCACUUGUUCUGCAAGUAGGUGAACUAGACUUGGUGAAGAAGGGUGCUGAUAGGGUCAAGGAAGCUCGCCUACAAACGCUUAUGGCGGAAUUUGAUCGCUUGAAAAUGAAAGACAACGAGACCAUUGAUGAAUUUUCCGGAAGGAUUUCUGAGAUAUCCUGA